AAGAAUGUGAAUCUCAGAAGUUGAGUGAACAACCACUGUGCUCUCUGUACCCUCAUCCUGGUCACUGCUGCUGCUGUAACAGCCCCAGGCCAAGAACAUGGACAAGCUACUGCUUUGGGUCUCUGUCCUCGCCAGCCUUCCAGAAGCCUUUGCUCAGAAAGACCUCAGUAGGAAGGUGUUUGUGUUCCCUAGAGAAUCUUCUACUGACCACUUGAACCUGAUCACAAAGCUGGAGAAAGCUCUGCAGAACUUUACCUUGUGUUUUCAAGUCUAUAGUGGUCUCUCCUGCGGCUACAGCCUCUUCUCCUAUAACACCCAGGGCAAGGAUGAGCUACUAAUUUUUAAAGACAGAAUUGGAGAGUACAGUUUAUACAUUGGAAGAACCAAAGUUACUGCCAGAGUUAUUGAGGAGUUCCCCACCGCACUGCACAUCUGUACCAACUGGGAGUCUUCCACAGGCAUUGCCGAAUUCUGGGUCAAUGGGAAGCCGCUGGUGAAAAACGGCCUGAGACAGGGUUAUUCUGUGGGAGCUAACCCCAAGAUUGUCCUGGGGCAGGAGCAGGAUUCCUAUGGAGGAGGCUUUGAUAAAACCCAGUCCUUUAUGGGAGAGAUUGGGGAUUUGUACACGUGGGACUCUCUGCUGUCUCCCGAAGAGAUCCAGUUUGUGUAUCAGGGUUCCUACUCCCUCAAUCCCACCAUCCUGGACUGGCACGCUCUGAACUAUGAAAUGAAAGGUUAUGUUGUCAUCAAGCCCCUGGUGUGGGGCUGAGGUCUGGAAUCAACAAGAGCACUUGAAAAUGAAAUAACCAACACCCAAGAGCUCUGCUCAAGGCAACUGGAUACUAAAUCCUAGAUCUAUAGCUCUUUCUUCUUUGAAUUCCCUGGUUACAAGUGUGCCUAAUUAAAAAAAUGUAUUAUGCCACC